AUGUCUUCUAAACCAUCAGAUGAUUCGCAAAUUCAUUCCGAAAACAACUAUCUCAAAACCAAUAAUAAUACCAACUUCCCCAACAGCAAUAGCAAUAACAAAACUUGUGAAAGAUGCAAAUCUUUGGAGGCUAAAAUUGACGAUUUGAACACCAAAUUUGACAACAUGCUAAAUUACCUUAAAAAAAUGAUGGAAGUUCAGGCAAAGCAAGGCGUCCAAUUAAGCGUUCUUGCUAAUAAGGACGCAGAUAUGAGGAAUUUGAGCAAACUCUUCCCAAUAAAAACCAUUGAAGAAAUGGAAAGCGUCAAUAACGCCAUAAAUGAGGUGAACAUCAAUGAAUAUGGGGAUCCUGAAAAGCACUUUGAGGAAAUUAUCUCCAGAUCUAUGUGCAACGAAGUCAAUGUAGGCGGCGUCCAUGGCAAGAUUUGCCUCAAAAAAUAUACUUCCUUGUAUGAUGCGAUUAUAAGUACGUAUAUAAAUUCAUUUUUGUUUAAAUAUAUUCUUCAAUUUCUUUUAUUUUUAAUAACAGGUGGAAUGUCGGCGACGUCAGAAAAGCCCGAUAGGCAACUAUCGAAAUGCCUCCAGAUUGUUAAAAAAAGGCUGUACAGAUUGACCACCGUUAAUAAACUAAAAAUCGGAAAUAACUAAUAUAAUUAACACUAUUGACUCUUUUUUAUCUAGUUUUAGUAUAAAAACAGAUUUUUU